AGUGUGCUGUCGUCAGUGCCAGGGAGCGGCCGUGUCCACUGUCACCAUUCCCGUGAUUGAUUCCUGAUUCGAAAGUGAAGACCUGGUGAACUCCCAACGAUUAUCUGACCUUAUGUCUGGUGACGCUCUCGAGAGCCCCUGACGGGUUGUCCUUGCCUCUGGUGUCAGAAGCACCACCGAACGCCCUGUCAGCCUUGCCAGCGUGACUCGACCACCGCCUCAGGACACCCACAUCCAAUACAGGAACAGCAGCAGACGGAGCAGUAACAGACGAAGAUGAUAAAGGAGGAGAGCACUUCAGCUUGUCCGCCUGCAUCACAAGUGUGGCUGAGGUCCUGUGAGAAGGAGACACUCCAACCCGUCCAGGGUAAAGUUACAGGGAAAUUGCCUGAAUGGCUUAAUGGCCGACUGACGCGUAACGGGCCAGGCAAGGUGCAGUAUGGAAAUACUCGCUACAACCACCUGUUUGAUGGCUCUGCAUACAUACACCAGUUUAACAUCAACAAUGGCAAAGUCACCUACCAGUCAAGGUAUCUUCAAAGUGACGUUUAUAAACGUAAUUCAAAGGCAAACCGGAUUGUCGUGUCAGAAUUUGGCACCGCAGCCUACCCGGAUCCUUGUAAGACUCUUCUGCAGAGGUUUGCGAGUUUCUUCACUCCACUGAGUGCGGCGGAGGUGACUGAUAAUUGUGUAGUGAACGUGUGUCAUUUCGGAGACCAGCUGUACGCACUCACGGAGACCAACGCCAUGAGAUGCAUCCACCCGGAGACCCUGGCCACCAUCGGGGGAAAGACCCGGUUGGACCAGUACAUAGCUGUCAACACGGCCACCGCCCACCCUCACGUCGACCCUGAUGGCACUGUCUACAACAUGGGCAACUCCUACCACGGGAAAACGGGACCAACUUACAACAUUAUUAAAUUCCCGCUGCCUAAGGUGGCUGAAGGGAAGAAAAUUUCCUCAGUGGAGCAGGCGGAGAUCGUCGCUACAAUCCCCUGCCAGUGGAAAAUGCGCCCCUCCUACUACCACUCCUUCGGGAUCACCGACAACUACUUCAUCUUUGUCGAACAGCCUUUCGUCUUCAACUUGAAGAAACUCAUCUUUAACUAUUACACAGGGAAGCCGUAUAUUGGAGCACUAGAGUGGCAUCCGGAGGAGCAGAGCAAGUUUAUAAUUGUGAAGCGGGAUACAGGGGAGCGGCUCCCGACCCAAUACGUCGCUGACAGCUUUCUCACCUUCCACCACACUAACACCUACGAGAAGGACAACCACCUGGUCGUGGAUCUGGUUGCCAUGGACAAUGCAGAGACAGUGUAUCAGCUGCUGCUGGAGAACCUGGAGAAGCCAGAGUUCGAGUGCUCAGCGGCCACCAUGCCCACUCACCGCCGCUACGUCCUGCCACUCAACCUGGAAGACGCGGAAGAAAAUACCAACCUGGUGACACUGAAAGGGUCGAAAUGUUCGGCCUUGAGGCGUACAGAUGGAAGAAUCCAAGUACAAGGACAUAUUAUAUCCAAGCAGUUCUUUGACCUUCCUCGCAUCAACUACAGACACAACGGUAAAGAAUACACCUACGCUUAUGGCGUUGAUGUCAACCCCAGAGGCAUCGACUUCCCCAAGCUGGUGAAGAUGAACGUGGAGACUGGAGACACGUACCUCUGGCGGGAGGAGGGCAAGCUGGUGAGCGAGCCUGUGUUCGUUGCUGCCCCCGACGCCUCAGCCGAGGAGCAUGGCGUCGUCCUCUCCACUCUCAUAGAUAAGAACGAGCCGAAGUUCGUGGCUCUACUGGUGGUGAACCCCAAGACCUGGAGAGAGCUCGCGCGAGUGGAGUUCGAAGCUGAGGGCGCCGUCACUUCCACAUUCCACGGCCAGUUUGCUGGUGCCAACGAAAGUGUUUAUCGUUAUUAAUGAAGGCUCAUAGAAGCCAUCCUGGGGCUUCACCAACAGCAGCAGAAGGAACUCAGUGACCACACCCAGCGCUCGGGUCCAAGUCUUUGUGGUGGUGGCCGAAGUCAGACAACUACAUCAUCUGCAACAAGACUAAAGCGUCGGCUGUAACCAAGCAACAAUAUUACCUGAAGCCAAGCAACAACAUCGCCUGUAAUCAGAUUUAUUGCCUCACAUAUCCACCAGCAACGGUUAAACAAAUACCGGUCAUUGAACAAAUCCGGUAACACAUUGAAUAAAUGUGUAAUCGGUCAUUGAUUAUAAUAUAUUGUCACAUAUUUCCCCCGUAUAGUAGAGGAAACUGCCACUUCCUACUCACCUUCAUGUACAUCACUCAACAUUUCACAUAUAUAUGACAGCUGAUCCAGACGUUCAACCCAGACCUAUGUCUGAAAUGCACUACCAGUCACCCUACCCAGCCCAAGAGCACCAGGCAGGUACAACCUGCCGACUCUUGUUAUCUGGGCAACUAGCAGUUUCGCUGUCGGCCUCCAGUUCCAAGCCUCAUUGACAAAGGAUGUGACGUCACCAGUAGGGGGUAUAAGUACUCCUGUCCUCACCCCCACAGUCAUCACCGCUCCUGUGCCAGGUAAGUUCACUACAGGCUCACCAUAGCCCGUGCUACUUGGAACUUGUUCCGAGUAACUUAAUCUAUAACAACAACAACACAACCUCCUGUAACGGGCU